UUUCAGUGUGCUCGGUGUUUUCGACUCGGUCGCCCGAUUUUCGAGUAUCGCGUGUGCGUAGUUCGUGAAUUUCAACUUGAUCGUAAUUUUGUUUUUUUUUUUGUUUUGCUUAUUGUAUGUAUAGGUAUUAGAUGCAUACAAAUUAUAUAAAAUGGAAUAAUUGAAACUCAAACUUACGAUGAAUAUCACUUCUACAAACAAUACUUGUCUACCUGAAAAAGUACUAAAUCCUGAUUGGUGUCCUAAUCACUGGGAUGGAUUGUUAUGCUGGAAAGCUUCAAAACCUGGUGCUGUAGUUUACCAAGCAUGUUUUGAUGAAUUGAACGGAGUGCGUUAUGAUACAUCACGAAAUGCUAGUCGUCACUGUAAAUUGAAUGGUGUUUGGGAAAGUUCUUCCGAUUAUAUGAAUUGCAGAGCUUUGGAUUUGCACAGUUCAUUGUAUCCAGAUCCAUCAAUUGUAUACACAUCAUACUUUUACUAUGGUGGUUAUACCAUAUCAUUAGUGGCAUUGGUGGCAGCUGUAUCAAUAUUUGUUUACUUCAAAGAUUUACGGUGCUUGAGAAACACAAUACACACAAAUUUGAUGUGUACUUAUAUACUAUCUGAUUUUACAUGGAUAUUGACGUCAACAUUACAGGAAUGGCUUUCAGCUAGUAAUAAUGCUUGUGUAUUAUUUACAUUUUCAUUACAUUAUUUUGUUUUGACAAAUUUCUUUUGGAUGUUUGUCGAAGGCUUGUACCUGUAUAUUUUGGUUGUUGAAACUUUUACCAGGGAAAAUAUCAAGCUCCGCGUUUACAUGUCUAUUGGCUGGGGUGUUCCACUUGUAAUUAUGAUUGUUUGGGGUGUUUCUAAGAUCAUCACACCAAUGGAAAUAGAGGAAAGAAGCGAUUCUUGUUCAUGGAUGACACCACAUCCCGUGCAUGAUUGGAUCUAUCAAGGGCCGGCGAUAAUAGUGCUGAUAGUAAAUUUAGUUUUUCUAUCAAAAAUAAUGUGGGUACUAAUAACAAAGUUAAGGUCAGCGAAUUCGGCUGAAACGCAACAAUACCGUAAAGCCAGUAAAGCUUUGUUAGUUCUUAUACCAUUGUUAGGUGUUACCUAUAUACUAACGAUGGUCGGGCCUACGGAAUCCGGUACUUACGCUAACUAUUAUUCUUAUGGCAGAGCUACACUUUUGUCUAUGCAGGGCUUUAUGGUGGCAAUAUUUUACUGUUUUGUCAAUUCCGAAGUAAAGAACACGUUCAAACAUCAUUUAGAUCGAUGGAAUGAGGAAAGAAAUCUGAGAACCCGCGGUAGCCGAAGAUUUACUUAUUCAAAAGAUUGGUCACCAAAUACAAGGUCCGAUAGUGUCAGGUGGUCAAUGUCUAGAAGAUUACCCUCUCAAGCGCUGCGUUCAUAUAGGCGAAAAGAAAACUACAGGAUGCGCCUAGAAUAUAAGGUUGGCCCGGCCAUCGAUCAUCGCAGAUUCGGUCAUGAACAAAGGCAAGAGGGCCUCGACCGUCAGCAGUUCGACGACGAUGACGUUCAUCGUGUCUAACGGGUCGGGCGGCGUGUUGCUAUCGAACGCCUGUCAAAAUCGCAUGUUGAACGUCGCCUCGGAAAAUGUCGUCUAGAAAUAAAAAAAAAAAAAAGCGCAAAAAUAUAUAUACAUAAAAAUAUUACAUUUUAAAGGUCCGACGGUAUCGUCGUUAGUAAACAACUAUAGUGUGUCUAUUCGUCCCGCAGCUGUCUUCUCGCUAUUAGUAUAAAAGUUCCUAACCGGUAAACCCAUUAUUACCUCAGACCUACGCAUGUCACUUUUAUCACUACAAUCCCACAUUUCUCUUGUGUACCAUAUUUAUCACACGCAAUUACUGCGUGACGUGUUAAGUGUGUAUAUGUAUCUGUGUUUGUGGGUGUACGCGUGUGUGUGUGUGUGUGUGUGUGUGUGUGUGUGUGUGUGUGUGUGUGUGUG